AUGCAGACUCGUCUACGUUGUGGCAACUAUUCGUCGUCAGCCACCGUCACACCAGAACUUCAUUGGAACUCCGGCAUUCUAGUGACGUGGGACCUGAUCUCGUCAGAUCCCGUUUGUUCAGACCCCUCUCGUCUUCCACGUUUCUCCCAUCUUCGACUCCAUGACGUUUCAGUCAUCGCCAGUUGUAACGACUGCCCAAAAUGCACACUACGUCUUCCGAUGCGAUUCGAAUGGCCUCUUGGCUUAUCAAUCAAUACCGUGUUCAUAGUGACACGACAACAUCCGUACAACCACGUGAAAACAGAUAUGGACAUCCGCUAUGUAGUUGUCGAGAAGUUGCCAACAUCACUGAGAAAUUGUGAGAUUGUAGUGAAAGAAAAACAACAGUUCAACAAACUGUUUACUUAUGCUAACAUGAUGGAUUUGCUCGAAGAUCUACUAAGAACUACGGUUGUGCUCAUGGCCAUAAUCUAA